UAAAAGUGUUCAUUCAGUAUUGUUGUAAUUGUCAUUAUUACAAAUAAAAUAAAAUGUAAAAAAAUUCAAAUCGACCGUUUAAUCGGUACCGGCUUUUUUUGGUCCUCCAAUUAUCGGUAUCGGCGUUGAAAAACCGUAAUCAGUUGACCUCUACUAUCAACAGAUAAAGGAGGGGGAUAUCCAGGCCUUUUAGAAAACAUUCACAGGAAUUGAAGCCUACAAAACCUAAUAGUACAGUGUUAGCAUAUCAAAUCACAAGCCUCAUGCAACAACAGCUAUUUUAUUUCCAGUCUCCACUAAAAAGAGGUUGAGGGCUCCAUCUAUAUUUUUUCUGGAUCUCUAUGGUGCGCCUAACCUGGUUCUUCAUCUCUAAAGAGAUUCUGUAGUCUAAUUCUGGAAUGUACAACUCCGGGUCCUCGGAGAGAAGAGCUGUGCAUCCUUGCUCUAAUUUCUAUCUCAUCCUGUGUUUCCUCCUCAUUGUGCAUCAUUUGAUUACUGUUUGUGGUGAGGUAACAUACUGUUCUACUCGUCGCUUGCCACCGCCAUGUGCGGCAGAGCGUGUGUUUGUAACCAUCUCCAGGCUGUGUGUAUCAUUAACCACAAAGUUUGAAUCAUUUCCUCAGUGAUGCACAAACAGGUUCUCUGUAUUUGACAUCCUCUCUGGAUUUUUCCUCACCGCCUCUCUUUCCCUCCUUCUCUUCCUCCGUCGGUCCCUCUCUUUCACUGGAACGGUGAGGUGCAGGGGUGUUAUUUAACCACCAAGUCACCCACAUCUACCAGAAUGGCGCAAGCUGGGAGGUGUGUCGGAAGGGCAUGGCCACGGAGCAGUUUGACGCUGUGGUCCUCACCGUGGCCAUACCGCAGAUCCUACAGCUGCAAGGAGACGUGGGCUCCUCCUUGCCCCUGCCAGAUGGGGAAGAGGCAUUGCCGUUUAUGAUGUGUAACCGGGCCUUCCAAGUGAUGCGCGACUCCACAUGGCUGCCACUCCGCCGCCCGCACGGAUCCUUUACAAGGAGGAUCAGAUGGUGACAGGGGUCUCAGCAGGGUCAGGCAACCAGGGAAGACCAAUCUGUGGCAGAGGUGAGUGCUAGAGGAGAUUCCGCGGCAGCAGCUUGGGGCGGUAAGCUACUCGUUCACGCUAUGUGCUGGGCCUCUUCUACAAAGGCCCAGGCUCACUUCGACGUCCCCUGGGCCGCCAAGUACGUCUCCAAUAAUCCCUGCAUUCGCUUCAUCGCCAUCGACGAUCAAAAGCGCAAUUUAGAAUUCCCAGAGUGCGGUCCCUCCAUGGUGGUCCACAUCAGUGUUCCAUUUGGUGUCAAACACCUCGAGGAGGCCAAGGAGCAGGUGGAGCCUAUCAUCCUGGUGAAGCUGAACAAGCUGCUGCCUGGCUUGCCACAGCCCGACAGCAUCAAGUGCCAGAAGUGGAGAUACUCACAGACAUCUAAGAAGAUGGUGUUGAAGGAGAUUCCAACUGAAAGUGUUGCCCGGCCCUUGGGCCGGAAUGAAGUUAUUGGUUUACUCUUCCGACUGACUAUAUUUGGUGCAGUCACCUACUUCACCAUAAAGUGGAUGGUUGAUGCCAUUGAUCCCACAAGGAAACAGAAAAUGGAAGCACAGAAACAGGCAGAGAAACUCAUGAAGCAGAUUGGUGUGCAGAAUGUCAAGCUCUCAGAGUAUGAGAUGAGCAUCGCAGCACAUCUGGUGGACCCACUGACCAUGCAGAUCACAUGGAGUGAUAUUGCUGGCCUAGAUGAGGUCAUCACUGAGCUGAAAGACACUGUCAUACUUCCCAUCCAGAAGAGACACUUGUUUGAGGGAUCCAGACUGCUUCAGCCACCAAAAGGUGUGCUGCUGUAUGGACCACCUGGCUGUGGAAAGACGCUGAUUGCCAAAGCAACUGCCAAGGAAGCUGGCUUCCGCUUUAUCAACCUGCAGCCUUCCACCCUCACAGACAAGUGGUAUGGAGAGUCCCAGAAACUGGCUGCUGCCGUCUUCUCUUUAGCCAUUAAGCUCCAGCCCUCAAUCAUCUUCAUCGAUGAAAUUGACUCUUUCCUGAGAAGCCGUUCCAGCUCUGACCACGAGGCCACAGCCAUGAUGAAGGCUCAGUUCAUGAGCUUGUGGGAUGGGCUGGAAACUGACUACAACUGCCAGGUCAUCAUUAUGGGGGCCACUAACCGUCCACAGGAUCUCGACUCUGCCAUUCUGAGGAGAAUGCCCACAAGAUUUCACAUUAAUCAGCCUAAUGUCAGGCAGAGGGAAGAAAUCUUGAAACUCAUAUUGGACAAUGAAAAUGUUGAGCCCACUGUUGACUUUGUUGAGAUAGCGAAGGAGACUGAUGGAUUCUCAGGGAGUGACCUCCGAGAGUUGUGUAGGGACGCUGCUCUGCUCUGCGUGCGGGACUUUGUCCAUAACACCCACGCCAAUGACAGUCUAGAAGAGGACUGCAUCCGGUCCAUCCAGCAGCAAGACAUGCAGAGGGCCAUCCAGAAGAUGAGGAAGUCCAAGUCUGCAGGGGGACAGAGCGUACUGAUGCAUGCUGCUAUGGAUUGAGACUCGAUGUGCAAAAGAGAACUAUUAAGCCUCUGGAUAUGUUUUCCUUGUGUGUAAAGAGUACUGAUUGAAACCAUGAAGAGAUGCACACAAUGUAAUGUCUAUCAUAGUAUCACUUUGUAACAUUUUUACUUCAAUUCAUUUAGAACAUUUGGUUCAUUGCAUUUAUAUUAAAUAUUUUGGUCAAAAUGCAAUUUAUUAUCUUGAAAGUUAGGAGUUACAUGAUACUAGUGUUAGUUUCUUAUCCAUAUCUGCUCAACCGAGGUCUCACCGAAGCAUGCUCUCAGACUGCAAAAAAUGAGCACAGCUUUGGAUCCGUUCAGGUUUGACAAUACACAUGCUCGUCCUUAUUACACACACAGCAAUAUUGAUUUAGCCUUGGGCCUUUCACCUUCCAUUUUUAUCUGAACAUGAAAUGUUUCUUUUGGUACUGUAUAUUUAGAAUUAUUAUUCUUUUUUCAGGAAAGCUGUUCAUCAAACUAGCUUGUGUAACAUCUGUAAUAAAAUGUGCUACUUUUAGUAGGCACUGUCAUCCUUUGACUAUUAGCUAAAUGUUAUACAAUGAGUGGUUCUCGGAUGUCUGAAUUAUAUGCGUUAGAUCAUACAUUUUAUCAUGCAUGAUAAAAGUUUCUAUAUCAGAAAGAGCAAUUCAACUUUUCACCGAAAGUGAAUUAUCGCUGUCGAUGUUGUGAAGAGAACACGAUGCUUGGGGUAAAGAUUACAGUGUCAUGGCCUUCCAUUUCCUUCUUUUAAAUACAUAGGGGUAGGUUAGAGCUGUAAUAUCGUGAGCUGCUAAUGUUAAGGUAUUUAUUCAUUUAUUAUUCAAGUUUAAUUUUCUUUUUAAAACUUCAAUAGAUCAGGAAACCUGUGUGACAGGUUGUGUGUCUGUUGUGCUUUCAGGUCCUUUUUAUGUCCCCUUGUCAGUCCAGGUUUCAUUAACAGAAUAUAGAAACUGCUUGUGAAUACUUCCUGUGCCGUUUGUCUCUUAUGCUGCAUUCAUGUGCUAGUCGGAACUAGGAAACUCGGAAAUGUCAGACUUGCUAACUGGUUGUAGUUAUAUACGUGCCACCUUCAAACAGUUAGCAAGUCGGAAAUGUCAAGAGAUUCCUAGUUCUGACUAGUACGUGAACACAGCAUUAUAGUUUCUGUUUAUCUCUUAUGAUGACCUGGAUGCUUAAUUGUUGGGUGAUUGAUUAUUUAUUCAUGACAAACUUCUAGUAUCUCCCACAAGCAACAGCCAUUGGAACUUGUAAAUCUAUUGAAUGUGUGAUUGCCAAUUCAUAGUUUACUUGAAUGACAAGUACUGUGGACAUAUAGUUUUGGGGAUUGGUGGAAAUAGUUUUGUUUAUUUUUUUCAACUUUUGUUUAGAUAAACUAUGCUUGCUUUUCUUUUUUCUUUUAAAUAAUGGUAUUGUUGAUAAGUUCCUGAUUGUGACUAAUAUGUUAAUUGAAUAAUGUUUUUUCCAGUUAACAAAUCGGCCAAUGUGCUUCGUUUGUAUUACCCUGCAUUCUGGUGUCUGCUGAAAUAUAUUACACAAAUACA